AUGGACUAUGAAAGCUGUUUGGGCUGGACGGUGGAGGAUUGGUUGAAGUUUCAUUAUAAGAGUAGUCCGGAUGUAUCUUUUGAGCGGUUAGUUGGGUUGGUUAAUUCGCAGAAAGUUGGUGCGGAGGCGGAUGCGGCGUGGAUCAGUUUGGUGGGGGAGGAGCAUUUGGAGCGACAGUGGCGGGUAUUGCAGAGCCGGAAGAAUAAGCGGGAGUUGGUGUUGUAUGGGGUUCCCGUUGCGGUUAAGGACAACAUUGAUGUGAAAGGUGUGCUGACGACGGCGGGGUGUCCGUCGUUUGGGUAUGUUGCUGAGCGGGAUGCCGGGAGUGUUGAGCGGUUAAGAGACGCAGGGGCGAUAAUUAUUGGGAAGACGAAUCUGGAUCAGUUUGCUACCGGGUUGGUUGGGGUGCGUUCUCCGUAUGGGAAGCCGUGUUCAGUGUUUAGUGAGAGACAUGUUUCUGGGGGGUCUUCCAGUGGUUCGGCGUCUGUUGUUGCCAGGGGAAUUGUGCCGCUGGCGCUGGGAACGGAUACGGCGGGGUCAGGUCGGGUGCCAGCGGGAUUGAAUAAUCUGAUUGGGGUCAAGCCUACGCGGGGGGUUGUUUCUUGUGCCGGAGUGGUACCCGCUUGUAAGUCUUUGGAUUGUGUUACAGUGAUGGCGCUGAAUUUGUCGGAUGCAGAGAGGUGUCUUAAGGUUUUGGUGCAUUGUGAUCCAGAUAGCGAUGAGUAUUCCAGGCCGUUUAUUGACAAUCCGCUGCGGGAGUUUACCGGCGGAGGUGGUACGGGCGGCAAGGUGCGGAUAGCCAUUCCUCGGGAAAUACCCUGGUUUGGUGAUGAGGAGAAUCCUGUAGUUUAUGCCAAGGCGAUCCAAGAUCUUAGGGCCAUAGGUGCUCAAGUGGAGGCGAUUGAUUUUUCGCCGUUCUUGGAACUCGCAAGGUGUUUGUAUGAAGGGCCUUGGGUUGCGGAACGGUAUUAUGCGUUGAAGGAGUUUUACGAUUCGGACCCGCCAAGGGAGACUUUGGAUCUAGUGGUCAAAGGCAUCGUGGAAACUGCAAAGGGGUAUGAUGCCACCGACGUGUUUAAGUUUGAAUACAGGAGGCAAAAUCUGUUGCAGCAGAUACGUAAGGUUUUCCGAGAAUUCGAUGUUCUGUGUGUUCCUACGUGCCCGUUGAACCCAACUUUUGCUGAUUUAGAAGCGGAGCCAAUCUUGGUUAAUUCUAGACAAGGUACAUGGACCAAUUUUGUCAACUUGGCUGAUCUUGCAGCAUUAGCAGUGCCGGCUGGGUUUAGGUCCGAUGGGCUGCCUCAUGGGAUUACAUUUAUUGGGGAAAAGUUUACUGAUUACGCUUUGUUAUCUUUGGCUGAGAAAUAUUUUGGUAAGGCCUUCCCAAAUGGGACCAGAAGUUAUGGCAAGUUUGUUGAUCGGCAGGUCAAUACUUGUGACACGGUUAUUGGUCCAAAACCUCAGUUGAAGCAUUCUUUGAAGCUUGCUGUGGUAGGCGCCCACAUGAAGGGAUUACCUUUACAUUGGCAACUGGAACAGGUCAAUGCCACAUACUUGGGGUGUGCGAAAACUUCCAAACUGUACAAACUUUAUGCUCUGCCUAGAACAGGGCCUAUUUUAAAGCCAGGGUUACGUAGGGUUGGUGAAGCUGAAAAUGGGUCCCAAAUUCAAUUGGAACUUUAUAGCAUUCCGAUCGAAAGAUUUGGCGAAUUUAUGGCCAUGGUCCCCCCACCGCUUGGAAUUGGGUCUGUAGAAUUGGAAUCGGGGGAGUAUGUCAAUUCUUUUAUUUGUGAAGAGUUUGGCUAUAAAUCUAAGGGGGCCGUAGAUAUCACGGUUUAUGGUGGGUUCAAACCAUAUGUCGAACAGUUAAAUAAUGAGUUGAAUGAUCAAAAGAAACCCUUCAAAGCUGUUCUAGUGGCCAAUAGGGGGGAAAUUGCUGUUCGUAUCAUAAAAACAUUGAAGAAGCUUAAAAUAACCUCGGUGGCUAUCUAUUCAACUCCCGAUAAGUAUUCGCAGCAUGUUUUAGAUGCAGAUUUGGCCGUUUCCUUAGAGGGACACACUGCAGCUGAAACUUAUUUGGAUAUGGACAAGGUUAUCAAAGCGGCAAAAGAUACUGGAGCGGAGGCUAUUAUUCCCGGUUAUGGCUUCUUAUCCGAGAAUCCUACUUUUGUUGAUAGAUGUGUUGAAGCUGGCAUUAUAUUUAUAGGCCCAUCUAGUAAUGUCAUUCGCAAGUUGGGCUUGAAGCAUUCAGCCAGAGAAUUAGCCGAAAUUGCAGGUGUGCCAUUAGUGCCAGGUUCGGGUUUAGUUACUAGCGUCGAUGAAGCCAAGAAAAUUGCCUAUGAGCUACAUUAUCCUAUAAUGAUAAAGUCCACUGCUGGUGGCGGAGGCAUUGGAUUGCAAAAAGUAGAUUCGGAAGAAGAUAUUGCUCAAGUCUUUGAAACUGUCCAACAUCAAGGCAAAUCAUAUUUUGGUGAUUCUGGUGUGUUUUUAGAGAGAUUUGUUGAUGAUGCUAGGCAUGUAGAGAUUCAAGUAAUGGGUGAUGGAUAUGGUAAGGCUAUUGCGUUGGGUGAGCGUGAUUGUUCCUUACAGCGUCGUAACCAAAAAAUAAUAGAAGAAACGCCAGCUCCAAAUUUGCCGGAUGCUGUGAGAGCCAAGAUGAGGAAAGCUGCAGAAAGCCUGUGUUCUUUUUUGAACUACAAAUGCGCAGGGACUGUUGAAUUUAUCUACGAUGCCAAACGCCAGGAAUUUUACUUUUUAGAAGUCAACACUAGGCUGCAAGUUGAACAUCCAAUAACAGAAAUGGUAACUGGUUUAGAUUUAGUGGAAUGGAUGCUACGGAUUGCUGCCGAUCAAGCAGCCGAUUUUGAUGAUGUGAAUAUAACAGUAAAUGGAGCAUCUAUUGAGGCUCGUAUAUAUGCAGAGAACCCAGUAAAGGACUUUAGGCCUUCUCCAGGCCUGUUAACGGAGGUUCAGUUUCCAAAAUGGGCUAGAGUUGAUACUUGGAUAUCAAAAGGUACACGAAUUUCUGCAGAAUACGAUCCGACGUUGGCAAAAGUUAUUGUUCAUGCUAAAGAUAGGAAUGAGGCCAUCUUAAAAAUGGCAAAGGCUUUAGAUGAAGUAGUUAUUCAGGGAUGUAUAACGAAUAUUGACUAUUUGAGAAGCAUUAUAACAUCCGAAAUGUUUAAAACAGCAAAAGUCGCAACAAAGGUUUUGGAUUCUUACGCAUAUAAACCUCGUGCGAUUGAGAUAACUUCACCAGGUGCAUACACAACUGUCCAAGAUUAUCCUGGACGAGUUGGCUACUGGAGAAUUGGUGUUCCACCAUCUGGACCAAUGGAUUCCUAUUCUUUCAGGUUGGCCAAUAGAAUUGUUGGUAACCACUAUAAAACACCAGCAAUUGAAAUCACAUUGAAUGGACCCAAAAUAUUAUUCCAUGAGGGAACCGUUAUUGCGAUCACUGGUGGCACUGCGUCUUCUACGUUAAAUGGCGAGGAUAUUGAUUAUAACACACCAAUAGAGGUCAAACGAGGCGAUGAACUUGCAAUUGGAAAAUUGACGCUUGGUUGUAGAGCAUAUUUGGCUAUUAGAGGUGGCCUUGACAUACCAGAGUUUUUAGGAUCUAGAUCUACAUUUGCAUUGGGAAAUAUGGGUGGUUUUAAUGGCCGUGUUUUAAAACUUGGUGAUGUUAUAUUUAUGAAUCAACUAGAAUAUUCCAUGUCUACUGUCCAUGCCCCUGUUAGUGAGCCUAGUCCUCCACCAGCUAGCCUAAUUCCAAACAUAUGUACCAAGGAAUGGACUAUAGGUGUAGUAUGUGGUCCACAUGGAUCUCCAGACUUUUUCCAUUCCAAGUCAAUUGAGAAGUUUUUCUCAGAGAAGUGGAAAGUACAUUACAACUCUAAUAGAUUUGGCGUUAGGCUGAUUGGUCCAAAACCAUCAUGGGCUAGAAAGGAUGGUGGUGAAGCUGGUUUGCAUCCUUCAAAUGCUCACGAUUACGUUUAUGCUGUUGGCGCUAUAAACUUCACUGGAGACGAGCCUGUGAUUAUAACUGUCGAUGGGCCUUCUUUGGGUGGUUUCGUUUGUCAGGCUGUGGUCCCAGAAGCAGAGCUAUGGAAAGUUGGCCAAUUGAAACCUGGUGAUUCAAUUCAGUUUUAUGCAGUCUCCUACGAAUCUGCGAGAAAGCUUAAAAUUGCGCAGGAUCUGGCCCUCGAUUCAUUUCAAGAUGGAAGUCUUGUAACAUUCAAUGAUGAUUUGGCACUAUCCAGAUUUGAGGACCCGAUCAUGGCUGAACUGCCUAAAGAGUCCGAUUUAUCCCCCAAGGUUACAUAUCGUCAAGCUGGUGAUCGUUAUAUUCUCAUUGAAUAUGGGGAAAAUGAAAUGGAUUUAAACAUUUCUUAUCGGGUUAACCGUUUGAGUUCUAUAGUCGAGAAGCAUAAAACAAUUGGUAUUGUAGAGAUGUCUCCGGGUGUUAGAUCUGUGCUGGUUGAAUUCGAUGGUUAUAAGAUAAGCCAGCAGGAGUUAUUAAGGACUUUAAUUGCGUAUGAAUCUGAGAUUCAUUUUGACAAGAACUGGACUAUAAAAUCGAAAAUUUUUAAGCUUCCAAUGGCUUUCGAAGACUCUAAAACAAUGGAAAGUGUUAAACGUUAUCAAGAGACCAUUCGAUCGAAUGCUCCUUGGCUUCCAAAUAACGUUGAUUUCGUCGCAGAAGUUAAUGGGAUUCGUCGCGAAGAGGUAAGAAACAUGUUGUAUACCGCUAGGUUUAUGGUCUUGGGUUUGGGAGAUGUGUUUCUUGGAGCACCAUGUGCAGUGCCCCUAGAUCCACGGCAAAGAUUUCUUGGUACAAAAUAUAAUCCAUCUAGGACAUAUACCCCAAAUGCCGCUGUCGGGAUUGGUGGUAUGUACAUGUGCAUUUAUUGUAUAGAUAGCCCGGGUGGUUAUCAGCUGAUGGGAAGGACCAUUCCUAUAUGGGACAAAUUACAAUUAGGAAACGUCUGGGGAGAACAUCCUUGGCUACUAUCUCCAUUUGAUCAAGUAGAAUUCUACCCUGUGAGUGAGGCCGAAAUAGACAUUUUGACGGAGCAAGCAGAGAAUGGGAGGUUUCAGGUUGAGGUGGAGGAGUCCGUAUUUGACAACAAAGAGUAUUUGGAGUGGAUUGAUGAAAAUAUUGAAUCAAUAAUGCAAUUUCAGCAAAGUCAAGGUGGUGAGAAGGCGGACAGGUUCGCGGAACUGAUACAAGUUGCCAACACAGAACUGGAAAAAUCUUCUUCAAGUAAAAUGACAGUUACUAUUGAAUACCCUGAUGAUGCAGAAAUGGUCUACUCUGAAUACUCAGGUCGUUUCUGGAAAUCUGUAGUCUCUGUUGGGGAUACAGUGAACAAAGGAGACCCGUUGAUUGUUAUUGAAGCAAUGAAAACAGAAAUGGUUGUUGCUGCUUCGACCGAAGGUAAGGUGUACAGCAUCCUCCAUAAAAAUGGAGAUAUGGUUGACUCAGGUGAUUUAGUUGUUGUGUUACAAUAA